UUCUGACGGCAGGGCUGUAAGGGACGAGCGGGAACGAACAUCUUUUGUCAAGGAGUGGCAGGCAGCCGCUGUUGUGUGUAAUCAUCAGUGACGCCAGAAGCUGCAUUGCUGGUGGAAUUCUAGGCACCUCCGACAAGUGCGGGGCUGCAGGAUGGGGAGAAAACACUGCUUUGCAGAUUAGCUGGGUGCAUUUAUUAAGCAGAUCCAAAAAAAGAAGCAAAAAAAAAAAAAAAAUCAACCGAGCAAAACAAAAACAACAGCCUACAGUGGAAGCCUAGAGAUGGAUAAAGAGCCGUGCAGAAGUUUCCACCCAGAUGUUUGAGAUCCUGUAGAUGUGGAUGGCGUCCCUGAGAGCAGAGCAGGGUGCACAGGCUGAACGCUGAGAAGAGACAGCCUGGGACAAGGCCGGUCCUGCCUCCAGGGUUCCAGGAGUGGACUGUAAACCCCCCAGGACAAUGAGUGAGGAGACUGUCCCCGAGGCUGCUUCCCAGCCUCAGGGACAGCAGUACUUGGACCGCUUCUCUGAGGAGGACCCUGAGUACAUGCGCCUUCGCAACCGUGCGGCAGACCUGCGGCAAGACUUCAACCUGAUGGAGCAGAAGAAACGCGUCACCAUGAUCCUGCAGAGCCCAUCUUUCAGGGAGGAGCUGGAAGGCCUCAUCCAGGAGCAGAUGAAGAAGGGGAACAAUUCCUCCAACAUCUGGGCCCUCCGGCAGAUCGCGGACUUCAUGGCCAGCACCUCCCACGCAGUCUUCCCAACAUCUUCCAUGAACUUCUCCAUGAUGACACCCAUCAAUGACCUCCACACAGCCGACUCCUUGAACCUGGCCAAGGGGGAGCGGCUCAUGCGGUGCAAGAUCAGCAGUGUCUACCGACUCCUGGACCUCUACGGCUGGGCCCAGCUGAGCGACACCUACGUCACGUUGAGAGUCAGCAAGGAGCAGGACCACUUCCUGAUUAGCCCGAAGGGAGUUUCUUGCAGUGAAGUCACGGCAUCCAGCCUGAUCAAGGUGAACAUCCUGGGAGAGGUAGUGGAGAAGGGCAGCAGCUGCUUCCCAGUGGAUACCACGGGCUUCUUUCUGCACUCGGCCAUCUACGCAGCCAGACCUGACGUGCGCUGCGUCAUCCACCUGCACACGCCGGCCACGGCAGCGGUGUCAGCCAUGAAGUGGGGCCUCCUGCCUGUCUCCCACAAUGCCCUGCUGGUGGGGGACAUGGCCUACUAUGACUUCAACGGCGAGAUGGAGCAGGAAGCGGAUCGGAUCAACCUGCAGAAGUGCCUUGGACCCACCUGCAAGAUCCUGGUGCUAAGAAACCAUGGCGUGGUUGCGCUAGGUGACACUGUGGAGGAGGCAUUUUAUAAGAUCUUCCACCUGCAGGCUGCAUGUGAGGUACAGGUGUCUGCUCUGUCCAGUGCUGGGGGAGUGGAGAACCUCAUCCUCCUGGAGCAGGAGAAGCACCGGCCCCACGAGGUGGGCUCCGUGCAGUGGGCUGGGAGCACCUUUGGGCCCAUGCAGAAGAGCCGGCUGGGGGAACACGAAUUUGAGGCCCUCAUGAGGAUGCUGGACAACCUGGGCUACAGGACAGGCUACACAUACCGCUACCCCUUUGUUCAAGAGAAAACCAAACACAAAAGUGAGGUGGAGAUUCCAGCCACAGUCACAGCCUUUGUGUUCGAGGAGGACGGCACCCCAGUGCCCACCCUGAGGCAGCAUGCCCAGAAGCAGCAAAAGGAGAAGACCCGCUGGCUAAACACACCCAACACCUAUCUGCGGGUCAACGUGGCUGACGAGGUCCAGAGGAGCAUGGGCACCCCCCGGCCCAAGACCACAUGGAUGAAGGCUGAUGAGGUGGAAAAAUCCAGCAGUGGCAUGCCAAUACGAAUUGAAAACCCAAACCAAUUUGUGCCUCUCUAUACCGACCCCCAAGAAGUGCUGGACAUGCGGAACAAGAUUCGAGAACAAAACCGACAAGAUGUGAAGUCAGCGGGGCCCCAGUCCCAGCUCCUGGCAAGCGUCAUCGCUGAGAAGAGCCGAAGCCCGUCUACAGAGAGCCAGCUGAUGGCCAAGGGUGACGCGGAUACCAAGGAUGAGUCAGAGGAGACGGUGCCCAACCCCUUCAGCCAACUCACUGACCAGGAGCUGGAGGAAUACAAGAAAGAGGUGGAGAGGAAGAAACUAGAACUGGAAGGAGAGAAAGAAACCACUGCAGAGGAGCCUGGCUCACCUGUAAAGUCAGCACCUGCUUCUCCUGCACAGAGUCCAGUGAAGUCGGAGACGAAGAGCCCUGUGGUCUCUCCCUCCAAGUCUGUAGAUGAAGGUACUAAGAAGACAGAAACGAGCAAAGCCGCCACGGAGCCCGAAACGACACAGCCAGAAGGGGUGGUGGUCAACGGGAGGGAGGACGAGCAGACCGCAGAGGAAGUUCUCAGCAAAGGCUUGAGCCAGAUGACCACCAACGCCGACACAGAUGUUGACACCUCUAAGGACAAAACCGAGUCGGUCACCAGCGGCCCCAUGUCCCCAGAGGGCUCACCUUCCAAAUCUCCCUCAAAGAAGAAAAAGAAAUUCCGAACCCCAUCCUUCCUGAAAAAGAGCAAAAAGAAGGAGAAAGUGGAGUCCUGAUUCGUAGCACCCUGGGGCUCCCAUCUGCAUCCUCUCUCCCACCUUCCCUUCUCCCAUGUCCAUCCCGGGAAGCACAGGGCCAAGGAGGGAUAGAGCAGGACCCAGGACCAUACUCUGAUGGGGAACACAGAGAUCGCCCGACCAACCCCUCAUUUGCAAUUGCCCCAGAGAAAUCAGGUGGCUUUGUCAAGAUCACACAGCUCGUUAGUGGCAGAGCCUGCACUAGAAUUCAGGUCUCCUGGCUCCCAGGCCAGUGCUCUUUCCACUACACAACACUGCCUAGUUGUGGGCUGCCUUUGUGAGGGUGCUGCCCACUGAGCUGAGCCCUGGGCAAGAGGGCCAGAGUGGGUCACAAGCUCUCGCUGGCUCAGACUAAAUCAGGUCGAGGCUUCCCCUGAACAAGGUCCUUUUCCUCAUGGGAACCCAGCCUCCUGCUGAUGGAGCUAUCACUAUGUUUAGAAAUCUCUCUUUUUCAUAGGGUCCCUGCCUUGCUGCUCAAAGUAACCAGACAAAUUGACCUGUCCCCUCCACCAGAAGUUAAUCUCUGUUCCCGAGAGCUGAUGGCUUAGCUUGUUCUUCCCCAGCCACUAACCCUGAGCUUUCUUCAUGGAACCUCCUGAACUAUGGUUGGAAAAGUUGAAAGAGUUGGCAGGCACAGAGCAAGCCAAGUCAGCCACAGGGUGGGAAAUAACUGAAGCAAUAGAAGGCGCCAGGGGCUUGACCCAUUACAAUUGUGCAUCUCAGGAGCUUCAAAAGUAAAACCAAAUUUAGCUUAGAAAACAGUUGUCUCAUGCUCAGGGCAGAAAUUUGGGGAAAUUUGGAUCCUCUGUUGGCUUUGAGUUAUAUGAGGAUGUUCAAAACAACACAGGAAAUGCUCUGCCUUUCUAGCUUUGCAUGACACAUGGAGCUCUACCUGUCUCACUCUUGUCCAGCAGUGAGGUGUCUCCUGACCUUUCCUCAAACCGAGGAGCACUGGUCCAUAGACUAGAACUGGCAUCUUACCUUUGGCACCCUCCUUGGCUCCUUUGGGUUCCAACUCAGUCACCUGGGGUCCAAUAGAGGAGAAUGAGAUGAACCUAUCAGGAUUAAUCAGAGACAUGCUUAAGGGUCCCCAGUUCUGUCACUAUCUGUCCAUCCUGGGGCCUGAUAAGAGCCACAGUUAUUGUUUUAAAUGCCAACACUAUCUUUUUGUAUUUGUCCAUUGGGUAUUAAUUAAUGAGCAUUGUUGGCUUCUAAAAAAUAGACAAUCCAUUCUCUUUAAAGCACAGUGUCUUCGAAGGAUAUUUUCCCUUUUUGUCCUGAUUAUUGUAAAAAUAUUUCUGAAAGUUCUUAAUCCUAGUUCUCUAUGUUUGAGCACUUACUAUAUAUGUAGACACUGUGUGGGCUUUAUAUAUAUUACCUUUUAAUGCUCACAAUAAUCCUGCAAUGUGGGUAAGAUUGGUCCAUUUUAUGGGUAAGGAAACUGAGCCCCCAGAAGGAUAAUUGAUUUGUUCCAGGUGACUUGGCUAGAAAGCUACAGAGCUUGGAUUUCCCUCCAAGUCAGCCUGAGUCCAGAGCCUUUGCUCUUAACAGCUAUGGUGAUCAGAAAUCUUUAAUCUCCAAGGGCAGUGGUUUUAGUCCAGCACCCAUUUUUGUGUCUCCACUGCAUAAUGUCAGUACCUGAAAUGAAGGUAGGAAAUUAACUGUGUUCUCCCUCACCAGUAUGUUAUAUUCUUGGUUAAUGUAGACGGUGGCAAGGCCAGUGUGGACCUCUGACAAAGGAGAUGCAAGGGUCUUCUGGUUGGGGCAGGAAAUACCAUCCAUAGUUGGGCUAUUUCUUGAGAAGGAAGGAAACUGACACAUGACUAAGGAAAACCCAAUGCUGUGUCUCUGUAGUGCAGAUUCCCAAGUGCUAUCCCAGCCCCCUCCCCUCCCCCCCACCUUUGUGCACCCCUCCCCUAUUCUACUUUCUGAUUGGGUCUUAUGAUGGACAAUGCAAUGAUCAGGGGCACUGAUGCCUCAGAAAAGUCUGUGAUGUGGGAAAUGCCUUUAAAAGCCAAUCCUUUGAUGCCUUCUUUAAAAAAGUAGAUUCGCCAUUCAUUCAUUCAUUCCCUUCACGAUAUUUGUUACACACCCAUUAAAUGUCAGGCAUAAUGCUGACAUUAAAGGAAAACAAUCAUUGUGACUAGAAUAAUCAGUGGCAAGCAAUGUUAAGAAAAGGGUGGAAUGGACAAGACUAUUGAUGCAGCUUUUUGUGUUUGAGUGGCUGCACUCAGAGAUAUGUUGAUUGACUCUGCAUUCAACAAUUCUCUUUAUAUCCUUCACAGCAGUGAAGCCUCAUUUAGAUGAAGAUGCCAGGGCUUGCUGGAAUUUCAGCAUUGCCCUUGGAAUUUAUGCCUUGUGUCCUUCUCAUAUCUAUCCAUUUGUUCAUUCCUUGUAACAUUCAAAAAACACAUCUGAGCUUAGAUCCUGGGCCAGGCCUGAGGGCAGGGCUUAGACCCUUCCCUCUGGAAGCUCCUAAGUAGAGAAGGCGAGUUAUGAACAGGCAAGGGUGCAGAGGUGGCAUUAACAAGCAAUGAUUUACCAUCUUCGGGGCCAGAGAAACCUUCCUGAAAGGAGAAAUGGUUGAGUUAGAUUUUCAAAACAAAGAGGAAUUUUCCAUGAGGACAAAAGCUUUGGCACGGCAUUCCGUGGGAAGAGCAUGAGCAAAGGCACGGAAGUGUGAAACUCUAUGAUUCAUGCAUUGAGAAAUUCAGUGUAGCCCAAGCCUAAGGUGUAGGGUGUGGGGUGAGGGGUAAGGAUGGAGUGGUUCAUUUCACAGGUGGUGGGCAGAGCUGGAUCAUAAAGGAACUUGUAGAAAGUAUGAAGGGAUUAGCCUCUAUCCUGUAAGGGGUUUGGAGCCACUGAGGACUUACUAUUGGGUAGAGUCAUGAUCAGCCCUAGAUUUUAGAAGGCCUUUGGUGGCUGAGUGGAGAAUGGACUAAAGAGGAGUGGGAUGGAGGCAUGGAAGAUGUCUCAUAAUGAGGCCAUUCUGAAAUGUCCGUUCUAAACCACGUUUGGUGACCUGCCUUAUGCUACAUUUUCCCAUAUGGCAAAAAGUGAGCUUCUAGCACAGAAUUCAUUUCCAUCAAAUUAUUUGGAUAAAGCAUUUUAAGAGAGAUACACACACACACACACACACACACACACACACACUCACUCACAAAGGAAAUAUUCAAAGAGCUACUGUUUAGCACAGUUUCUAGUUCUCUGUUAGCUUGUGUAGUUGCUCUUCCCUUGCACAUACUGGAUGUGGCAUGCUUAGCUCAGGCGUGAGGUCGUGCACGGGAUGCUGUUGCAGCAGAUGUAUAGUCCAAACAGAACCACAGGCUUUUAGGAUGACAGGAGGGGAUAUCGUUUUUGGUUCUGGUUAGAAGCUGGCUGAAAACUUGGGUCAGCAUCUGUCCGGAGAAAAUGUAUAUAUGGGAAGUUCAGAAUUGGUAGGCAGUAGUUCAUUUUGAGCUUGGAUAUGCUACAGAAAAGGAACAAGAACGUGGAAGCAGGCUGCCGUGCUAUGGCCAGCUGAACUGAAAAGAGGUUUCUGAGGUGGUUUCCUUGGGGAGAUGGGCAGGAGCAGGGAGGCAGAGGGGCAGAUGAUUACAGGGAGGCAAGCGGAGUCUCAGUGGCUCUCCGUGCACUGGAGGCUGGUCCCCAGCAGUGGUAUGGGGGAAUAUCCACACCGUGUGACCUUCUCAAACUGCAAAAAGUGCUGACAAGAUACAACCCCCAGCCCAGAUCUGGGUUCCCUAAGAGCCUGCUGGCCUGCAGGUGACCCAAGGAACUGUCCUACCUCGUCCAGGUUAUACACAGAUAAGAAUAACCUUCCUCAAUAUUCCUGUAACAAAAAUGGGAUUCUUCCUCUGCAGACAGCGAAGUUCUUUUUCAAGGACUGGGUGUGUUUGGAUAAACCCCACGGCACAUUGCCCUUAUACCACUCACUAUGUAUAUGCUGAGCCUGAAUCCUGCUCCGUGCGUCUAAUAUUCUGUCACUCGUUUUUGAAUGUGGCCAUGCAAUCAUUCAGAUGUCAUUCAUCAGUGUCAUAACAGAGGGCUACUGCUUUUGUCAGCAUGGAGAGAACUGCUAUAAAGCCACUUCUCUGACUGAAUGGAUUGGAAAGAACCAUUUGCCCAAGAGCACAGUUCACUUCUGGAAGUCUGAAAGAUGAGAAAGAAGUGUGGAGUUUUUCAUGCAGGUAUGCAUAGGGAUAGAUGGACACAGCCCACCAUCGGCCAGCCUGCCAUCUUUUGCAGAAGUGUGUUUAUGUUCUAGUUCCAGGCCAAAAGUGUUCAGAUUGUGACUGUUGAACAAGUGAGAAAACAAACGGCACUUAUUUCUUUCAUGGAGGUCAGCAGAAGACCUUGAUCUGGCUGGCACGGAUGCAGUUGACUUUGAGCUCAGAGGAAAUGGGUCUUCCAUUUCUCACCGCUUGAGCCUAAGCACACUGUCUAAGAUGAUAAAACUCAGAGUCUGAGAAGAAAUGAGAGAGGAGAUAAAUCUAUGCCCUGCACUCCCCACAGAAAAGACAAGACACCUCACAAAUCAAAACCCAUUAGGGACAUCUUAUUGCCAAUGUCCCACAUCUAUUCUGAAAGUGAUAAUGUAAUAUGAUAAGUAAGAGGCCUUGAAUGAAAUAUGCUGAUUGGUUACCUAUCUGCAGAGGUCCACUCACACUACAAUACAAAAAGCAUACAGAGGAGAGCGAUUAUUUCCAAAUGUGCCAUCUAACUAACCUGUGUCCCCUUGGAUGGGGCACACACACAACCCUGUCACCAAAGCACACCCAACCCUGUAGCCUCUCCCAGUGAGAAGCCACCCUCGCCCAGGAAUCAAUGUGGGGAUGUCGGGUGGGGAAUCUUCAGUGGAGAAAGCUCCUUUCAUCAUUUUUAUCUAGACAGGCUUCUCUCUUUAAGAACAACUAGACAGAACCCCUAGUUGGGGGUGUUCUUAAAUAUGUGUACGUAAUGGUUUGCAUUGGUUCAUACUUAGGUGGUAUUAGGUUUUGUCGAAUUGAUGUUUGGUGCCAUUUUCCUUCAAGAUGUCCCCAAGAUGGGUCAUGUCUUUGAGAAACUGGAGCCUGAAGGUGAGGGAGAAAUGGUCACUAUUACUGACACGGGAGCAGGGGGACACUCGGGUGUAGCCGGAGCCUCCGUGUGAGAACGUCCAGGUGGCUUUCCCAGGGCAGCUGCUCCUCAGCUCCUUGUUGCAUCCCCUGUCCCAGGCAAGCAGGAUGAGGCCAGCUGUCAUGUUCAAGUCCCCUAUCUCUAAGUUGUGUAAAGAUGUUGCAAAGGUUUAAGUAUUGGUGGGGUGGGAGAGACAAUAGAAGAACGUAAACUCUUCUCCCCUCCAGCAAAUCACCUUGUAUAACUUUUAGAAGCUCAAAGGCCAGAUCAUCCCUUUCAAAGUGAAUCAGAAGGCGGACAACAGUUGGACUAAGGAUAGAGGGGCCACAUUUAAAUACAUCAAAGCCCUUAUAUAAUGGAAAUAUAUUUUGGGGACCCCACCCUCACCUUUCAACUCCACCUCAUUCCUCUUGGGCCUGCGUUUUGAGUGAUGGAUCUCAGUGGCUGACUCCACCUUUAAAUUCCUGCAACGAGUGCUAUGCCUGCUGAGCCCUGCUGGGCGUCCUCCCCCAGGAGGAGGGGCAGUGAGGGCCUGGGCUGGCCUGGCUGGGGUGCGGGGCCUAGAGAGAGUGUGUGGCGUUCUCUAAAGCUGUGGAUGGUUUCAGUGACAUGUCCGUGUCUGACAAUCGUCUCCCUUGUACAUACACGGUCUGUGUUUAGGUUGUCCUAGUAUUGUAGAAUUUCAAAUAGGGGUUCCAUGUAAAUAUUCUUCCUGCUACUGAAACGCCAGGCCCCGGAUCACGCAGCAGCCCCACAGUUUUGCCUUUCCCUGUGCUAACACUUUUUGAGCCACUGAUGCGCAGACUGAGGAUUAUUUCUUGGGCUUUUAUUUUGCAAUUUUAUA